UGUCUCUGUCUCUCUCUCUCGUUCCCUCUAUCUUCAGCGCUGUCUGCUGUCUCCACAGAGAUUCGGGCCCAGUUGGCUGAACAGUUCAAGUGCCUGGAUUUCCAGGUGGAUAUACGCAAUCAGUACCUGCAGGAUGUGGGUGACUUUUUCCGUAGGAAGGCCGAGAUCGAGCUUGAGUACUCCCGGGGGCUGGAGAGACUGGCAGAGAGAUUCUCCUCCAAGAUCCGCCACUCAAAAGAGCAUCAGAACAUCAGGAAGGACCAGAAUCUCCUGUCUCCUGUGAACUGCUGGUACCUGAUCCUGAGCCAGACCCGGAAAGAGAGCAAGGAUCACGUCGCUCUGAGUGAGGUCUACACCAACAAUAUCACCCUACGCCUCGCCCACAUCUCAGAGGACGUCAGCCGGCUGUCCAAAAGGAGUAAAGAAAUUGGCAUUCAGAUGCAGGAAGAGCUCUUCAAAGUCACCAGCGAGCUCCAGACGGCAAUGAAGACCUAUCACCAGUACCACACAACAGCAUCAUCGCGGAGACGAAGCUGA